AUGGAGAGCAGUUGGAAUGAAGUUCAGAGUUUCUGCGAUCCCAACAUAAACAAGGUAUCGCCGAUAUCCUCCCUAUGUUGGGAUCCAUUCAGAGAACUCCUAUGGGUUGGCAAUGACUCUGGUCGAGUAACAUCGUAUUACGCUAAAGGAUUGCAACGCUAUACCUCGUUUAAAGCGCAUAAAGAUCAACAAAUUCGCCAACUUCGCGUGAUCGACCGAGGUGUCAUUAGUCUUAGUCCUAAAAGCAUACAAAUGCGCGAUCGACGAGGUCUUGUGAAAUGGAAUCUCAGCGAUGAUCAAAUCAAAGAUCUUCAUUGCAUGACCACGACUACGUUAACCCACGGCGAACUUUUGGCGGCCGGUCAACAGGACGAUAUGCUAGUUAUCAAUCUGGCACGAGGUGCUAUUACACGCACCAUUUCAGACGCUUCCAACAUUGUCGUUAUGCGCAAUCUUCCUCGCGCCAUUGCGUGUGGUUCCCUUUUAGGUGAAGUUACCUUGAGAGAUUCACGCACCAUGAAAGUCGAGCAACGCGUGCAAGCCCACACCGCCAUGCUUUCCGACCUUGACGUUUCCGGCAAUCUUUUACUCACCUGUGGAUUUUCUCAACGCCAAGGAUCACUGAUCAUGGAUCCGCUCGUCAAAGUAUACGAUAUUCGCAUGGGCAUGCGUUCCUUGGCGCCGAUUCCGUUUCCCAGCGGUCCCAUGUUCUUGAAAAUGCAUCCAACCCUCAGCACCACCUGUCUUGUAGCGUCGCAAACCGGCCAGUUCCAAAUGUGCGACAUCUCACGUUUAACUAUGGGAUCCUAUGCGCCUCCAGCCCAGUUUUAUCAAAUCCAAACGUCCAGCUACAUCACUGCCAUGGAUAUUUCCAGUUCCGCACAUACACUCGCGUUUGGCGAUGGAGCUAGCUUUGUGUAUCAAUACGCCGACGACGCAGAGUUUGACUGUAACCCAUAUUCUCUUCCUCUCGAAACGUCGGAUAUUGCACCUCCUGUCAAUGUUAAAAUGGGUGAAGACAGUCCAUUGUCAUCGGUGGGUAUGCCUUAUUACACUGAACCUCUGCUGUCAAUAUGGUCACCCAUGGCCACCUAUGAAGUUGGGCAUCCACCGGCUCAAAUUGACGAGGAGGUAUUGCGUAAUAUGAAAACAUUGGAUUUUGUUGGCUAUGCUCCCAAUCCUGGCAAUAUGCUGCGCAACCAGAUUCCUCGAAGAAAGAAAGCAGCGCACAAAAAGGACAUUCCGAAAUUCCGCUCAGAACAGGAACGAGAGAUGCUGAUGGCCACCAACGUCUUAUCCUCUUCUGUGGGUGAUUUGAAGUCGGUGGACCCGUCUGGACUGAUUAUGCCCAAAAUAUACAGUCGAGUGGAAAUCCAAUACAGCAAAUUCGGUGUGGACGAUUUCGAUUUUGGUUAUUAUAAUCGCACGAAAUACGGCGGUUUGGAAACACACAUUUGGAACUCGUAUUGCAAUUCCCUACUGCAAGUUCUCUUUUUUAUUCUCCCUCUUCGCAAUAUUGCCAAAUCCCACAUCAAAACGUCGUGUCCAAAAGAAAACUGCCUGUUGUGUGAAUUGGGCUUCCUAUUCCGCAUGUUGGAAGAUUCUAAAGGGCAAAAUUGCCAGGCCACCAACUUUUUGCGUGCUUUCAGUACCAUUCCUCAAGCCGCGGCUUUAGGACUGUUUGAACCCGAGACCCCCGAUCGUCAUCUUUCUUACAGUAUGCUCAUGCAAAACUUUACGCGGUUUAUCAUGGAACAGCUGCACCAAGAGUCCAAUCAACCUGGUUCCAAUCCUUUGAUUUCAAAGACGUUGAACUGGAAUACAUUGAGUCACAGUAAAUGCGGUAGUUGUCAACACGAAAUAUCACGCAUCACCUAUCCGUUUGUCGUGGAUCUGCUGUAUCCGAAAAAGUCGAAAAAACGAUCGUUUACAAGCAUACUUAAAGCGAGCAUGUACCGGGAGAAUCAGACCAAAGCAUGGUGCCCAAGUUGUCAUUCAUACCAACCUACGACCACGAAAAAGAUCAUCCAAGGUUUACCGGGGGUGUUACUGAUCAAUUCCGGAGCCUCCAAUCACGCCGAAGCCGCCAUGUGGCCGGCCAAUAAGCCUUCUUCGUGGUUACCAGAACGGUUUGGCAUCCAUAUCAACGGAUCCGAAUUAGUCAUCAAGGCAUUACCCCGAGGCAAAGACAUACCCGCUGAGUUCAAAGGCAGUCCCGAGACCUGCGCUAUCUAUGAAUUAUCUUCAACCAUUUUGCAAAUUCAAGCGGAGGAGGAAUUACCGCAUCUUGUCGCACAAAUCCGAGGUGAGCUUUUUGUUGAUCCCACUCCUAUGGAAGCUACGCCAUGGUAUCUAUUCAAUGAUUUCUUGGUGAAUCGGAUAUCGCGUGACGAUGUCUUGUCCUUCAAGGGCAUAUGGAAGACGCCCUCUGUUCUACAAUACAAACGCGUCGACAUUGACAGCCUGUUAGAUCUGAGUGUCUUGCCUUCAGAAGUGGAUUACUCACUCUUAUUCAAAGACGUGACUGUAGCAACAAAUCCUGCAAAAUCGCCACGGUAUGAAAUUUUGCAGCCUGAUGAAAUGCCGAAACCAGGCACGAUUGUGGCUAUCGAUGCCGAAUUUGUGGCGUUGAAUCAGGAAGAGACCGAAAUCCGAAGUGAUGGCACUAAAUCGCUCAUCCGUCCGAGUACACUCACGCUGGCACGUGUGUCGGUACUUCGUGGCGAUGGUGAAAAGGAGGCCGUGCCGUUUAUUGAUGAUUAUAUUGCUACCAGUGAACCUAUUGUGGAUUACUUGACCGAGUUUAGUGGUAUUGAGCUGGGCGAUCUCGAUCCAAAGACCUCGAAAUAUACGUUGGUGCCACUCAAGAUUGCAUAUAAAAAACUACGCAUGCUUCUCGAUCUAGGAUGCAUCUUUAUCGGCCACGGUUUGAAGAAGGAUUUCCGAAUCAUCAAUUUACUGGUACCACCUGAACAAAUCAUCGACACAGUAGACAUUUAUCAUAUUCGUAAUCGACAACGAAAAAUCUCUUUACGAUUCUUAGCAUGGCAUUUGCUGCACCAAGAUAUCCAGUCGGAAGGUCACGACAGUAUAGAAGAUGCACGAACGGCGUUGAUACUUUAUAAAAAGUAUUUGGAGUACCGGGAAAAUGGUACUUUUGGCCAAAUGUUGGAAAGUGUGUAUGAGGCAGGUCACCGGGCCAAUUGGCUCAAGGGACCCAAGGACAGCCAUUCCCGGCCCUCGUCCACACCGCCCGUCAAGACUAGUUAUCCAAAUAGUCCACUGUUUGCCGCAGGAUGGCCUGCGUAG